GAUCACGUGAUUCUCACGUGAUGUCGCCGAGAUGAAACCCCCGAUUGAUUUGUUGCGGUUCGUCUAACGUCUCUUCGCGACGAAGUCCGGCGAAAUGGACGAGCGACCGGUGAAGUGCGAUAGCCAGGAAGACGAUCUUGUCCUCUCUCUCCGCCGUCUUGAGAUCUCCGAUAACGCCAAGGGCUUCGUGGAUCUUCUCUCCCAGCUCAGCUCCGCCACUACGCCUCUGACGGACGCUGAUUUCCGCGCUCGCUUCGCCGAACUCGCCGCCCUCUGUGACAACCACUUCGUCGUCGUCGCGGAGGACCGGUCCAGCGGAAGAAUAGUCGCCACCGGCAGCGUCUUCGUGGAGCGGAAGUUCCUCCGCGGUGGAGGGAAGGUCGGCCACAUCGAGGACGUCGUCGUCGAUUCCGCCUUCCGCGGCAGGCACCUGGGGCAGCGGGUGGUCGGGUUCCUUCGGGAUUACGCCAAGGCUGCCGGUUGCUACAAGGUCAUUCUCAAUAACACGACGGAUCUGAGGUCCUUCUACGAGAAGUGCGGUUUCACUGAGAAGAACAUCCAGAUGGCCUGCUACUUCUGAUCGUAGAGUGUGUCCAUGAU